AUGCGUAAAAGUGAAUACGAAGAACUCAAACAGUUGUUCAAUAAACAUGGCCAACGAAUCAGAAGAGUUGAUAGAUCCCAAAGCAGCAUCUCAUCCCAGACAAGAAACACCUUUUCAAACAAUAAGAUUCUUCUAUCACUGGAAGAUUAUACGGACAUGUUUGGUACAGCUGAACCAGAAACACAGGGGAACAAAGCAAUGAGUUCAAAGGCAUUAGAUGACAUUACAGCAGCAGGUGGAUACAAUCAACUUCAGAUCAUCAAGGUAUGUUCUGGUUCAUUGAAACAGUUUAAUCAGAAUUAUAAUACAAUAAUCAUACAAAAGAGAAAAUUAGCAGCAGUUUGUUCUAGAGAACUAAAAAGAAGCUUAUCCAAGACAAGCAAAACAAAUCCAAUGCUAAAGAGCAAGAGAAUCAAUAAGGAAUUGGCACAAUUUGACAGGAAGAGUAAACGAACCACUGAGACACUGCUUAAAUUGGAAGAAAGGCAGGCACAAGCAGAAAAAAGAAGAUUGGAGGAAAUUGAGGAAGAAAAUAGGCAAAAAAGAAAAUUCACGUAUUUGUUGAAUCAAACGGAGGCAUUUGCAGGAUAUUUCUUAAACAGAAAGACAAGUAAUGCAGAUCUAGAGGGAAUCAAGGCAGCCAAAAGACAAAUGGAGACCACAAAAGAGUUUGAUUCAGCCAAAAAGCAAAAGAAGGAGAAUGUGACAGUUGAGGAAGAUGCUGAGGAUGCCAAGGCGUAUGUUCACGUCAAUGUAGAGCAGCCAAAACUGUUGAAGGCAACAUUGAAAGACUAUCAGCUUAAAGGACUCAAUUGGCUUGUGAAUCUGUACAAUCAGAGCAUAAAUGGCAUUCUGGCAGAUGACAUGGGCCUGGGUAAAACAGUACAGAGUAUUGCUCUACUGGCGUAUCUAUAUGAAUCCAAGGGUAUUGCUGGUCCAUUUCUAGUCAUAUCUCCCACCACUCUGCUUCACAAUUGGGCUGAUGAAUUUAACAACUUUCUUCCUGAUUUCAAGAUUGUUGAAUAUUGGGGAUCAAUACAAGAAAGAAAAGAUCAAAGAAAGAAGAUCAAGAACUGCAAUGUGAUCAUCACCAGCUACCAACUAGCACUUGCUGAUGAGAGCUAUUUGAAGAAGAUCAGGUUUCAGUACAUGAUAUUGGACGAGGCACAGGCAAUUAAGAACAAUACGUCUCUCAGGUGGAAAUCACUACUGAAUUUCAAAACCAGAAACAGACUACUUCUCACUGGAACACCAAUUCAGAACACAAUGACUGAGUUGUGGGCAUUGCUCCAUUUUAUAAUGCCAACACUAUUUGAUUCAGUUACUGAAUUCUCAGAAUGGUUUUCAAAGGAGAUUGAAAGCAAGAAAAUUGAUGAGGAGCAAAUCAGCAGACUUCAUACAAUUCUAAAGCCAUUCAUGUUGAGAAGGCAUAAGAAUGAUGUGAAGGAUGAAUUAGGAAAGAAGGAGAUCAUGAUUGUAUACUGUGAUCUAUCAAUCAGGCAACAAAUUCUUUAUGAUGAAAUCAUAAACAGUAGAAUGGAUUAUGAGAAUAUCAUGAUGCACCUAAAGAAGGUCUGCAAUCAUCCAGAUUUAUUCGAGAAGCUGGAGCCGCAUUCUGGGCUUGUUUUUGGGCUUCAGAAUGCAAAUGGAUAUGUUGAAAGAAGAACAGUUGAUAAAGAGAUUCUACCAAACUUCCUGGUGAUUGAGGAGACCCAACAAAGCAAGGCUGAUGAAAUUAGAUCAUAUUUCAGAACUAAGAAAGACAUUCAGAAGGAGGUGGAAGAGAAGUUGUUUGCAAAGAGGCUUCUUGAUUCAAUGAAAUCGAAUAAGGUGAUGAAUGAGAUCACAACAGAAAUAGACCAAAAAAGGCGAUUCAGUGAGAUGCUAGCCAACAGAUUCGUAUUUCGAACAGAAAAGUGCCAUUUGGACUUCUUCUCUAACACAAUUGAUUUGGAUAGAAAGACAAAUGGACUCCUAUCUGAAACACAUGGCACUCAAAUCAAUGCAAAUGAUAUCAUCAAAACACACCCAUUGAACACGUUCAUCAAUGAUUCAGGCAAGUUGAAAGUUCUAAAUGAUCUGCUAGCUAAGCUGAAGAAGGACGGUCACCGUCUUCUGGUUUAUUUCCAGAUGACUCGAAUGAUGGAUCUGUUUGAGGAGUUUCUGGUAGAAAAACAGUACAGCUUCUUACGCCUUGAUGGAUCAUCAAAAAUUUCCCAAAGGAAGACAACCGUAAAAGAGUGGCAGACGAAUAACAGCCAUUUCGUAUUCAUUCUGAGUACAAGAGCAGGUGGAGUUGGACUGAAUCUGACUGCGGCAGACACAGUUAUCUUCUACGACAGUGAUUGGAAUCCAACUGUAGAUCAACAGGCUAUGGAUCGAGUUCAUAGACUUGGUCAGACUAAAGAUGUUACAAUAUACAGGUUGAUUACACGGAAUACGAUAGAGGAGAGAAUCAUGGAGAUGGCAGACAAGAAGGGUGAGAUGCAGAAGCUUGUGAUAAAGGAGGAUGUGUUCAGAGGAUGA